AUCAUCAUUUUUUCUUGUCAUCUCUUCGAAUCGAAUCGCAUCGAUACGCCAAACAGAAAGAAAAAUGCGUUGUUUAUUGAUAAUAACAUUGUUAUUUAUUCAAUCAGCCGAUUAUUUUGUUUAUUCCCGAAGAUUAUUGUUUGGACGUCCAAUCGAUAAACACGGAUUUUUGGGUUUACCUCGUACUACGUUGAAACAAUCCGAAAUCGAAUCAAUCGCUAAAGAACAAUGGUUUGAACAAAAAUUGGAUCAUUUUGAUCCAACCAAUUUGUUAACGUGGAAACAACGAUAUUUUAUCAACGAUGAUAUGUUCAAUCGAAGCAAUACAAAUUCACCGAUAUUUUUACAGUUAGGUGGUGAAGGUGAAGCAAGUGCAGUUUGGCUCAAAGAAGGACAAAUUGCCACAAAUUAUGGUCCACAUUAUCAAGCAUUACAAAUUCUUUUGGAACAUCGAUAUUAUGGCCAAUCAAGACCGACCCAGGACAUGUCAACAGAAAAUCUUAAAUAUUUAACUAGUGAACAAGCAUUGCAAGAUGCAGCAAAUUUCAUUGAAUUUAUCAAUGAAAAAUAUGGAUUAAACAAACAUAAAUGGAUUGUAUUUGGUGGAUCAUAUUCAGGUUCAUUGGCUGCAUGGUUUCGUAUGAAAUAUCCACAUUUAGUUGCUGGUGCUAUUGCAUCAAGUGCACCAGUACAAGCCGUACUUGAUUUUGAAGAUUAUCUCAAAGUUGUCGAUGAAUCAUUGGGUAAAAAAUGUGUUCGUGAAAUCAAAUCAGCUACUGAUGAUCUGACCGAAUUGAUAAAAUCGAAAAAUAAUUGGCCCGUUAUUGAAAAGAAAUUUAAACUGUGCACACCAUUCAAUGGCACAAAUUCAUUGGAUGUUUCGAAUUUUUUCGGCAAUCUUGCCGGAAAUUUUGAAGGUGUUGUUCAAUAUAAUAAAGAUAAUCGUGCUUUUGAGGGUGGUUCAAGUAUUACGAUCGAUGAUUUAUGUUCAGUAAUGACAGAUUUAAAUUCAAAUAUCAAUUCGACUGAUCGUUUGGCUAAAGUGAAUCAAAUCCUAUUGAAAUCUCAAUCACAAGAAUGUUUGGAAUUUAAAUAUGAUGAUUAUGUGAAAAAAAUGUUGGUUGUUGAUUUUGAUAAAACCGAAGUUCCCAGUGCUCGACAAUGGGUUUAUCAAACUUGUACGGAAUUUGGUUUCUAUCAAACAUCCGAUCGUAAUGAUCAACCAUUUGGACAUUAUUUUCCAUUAGAUUUUUUCAUAAAACAAUGUAUCGAUAUUUAUGGAUCAGAAUUUAAUAAGAAUUUUCUGGAAAAAUCCAUACAAUUCACAAAUAAUUUUUAUGGUGGUUAUAAUCUUACUGUAUCGAAUGUUAUGUUCAUCAAUGGUUUGAUUGAUCCAUGGCAUGCAUUGGGUAUUCUUGAAGAUUUAAAUCCCACUGCCAAAGCAUUAGUUAUGAAAAAGACUGCACAUUGUGCCGAUAUGUAUCCAGAUUCCAGUGAAGAUCCAUCCGAAUUAAAAUCAACAAGAAAUGUUAUCAAACAAAUGAUUGGCAAAUUUAUUCAAUAAUUUUAUUUGCGAACAAAAAAAAUCAAAUCUUUAAAUAUCUAUGAUGAUAUUGAAGAUAUUUAUCAUCAUCAUCAUUAUGAUUAUCACUGAUUGUUAAGAUUGUUAUACCUAAUAAACGACAAUGUUGAUAGAUUUGAUCAAUUAAAUUAUCCAUUAACGAUAAUUUGGUUAUAUUUUCAAUAAUUAAUAAUUUUGGUCGAAUUAUGAAUGCAACUAAAAAAUUUAAUAAAUGUUUUUGUUUGUCCAGAAGA